ACGCUGGAGGCGCACAGCAAUGGUUUCCGUUUCACUUCUAUACGUGGCGAUAAGGUGGACAUUUUGUACAACAACAUCAAGCACGCCUUCUACCAGCCAUGCGAUGGUGAAAUGAUCAUCCUACUGCAUUUCAACCUCAAGAAUGCCAUCAUGUAUGGGAAGAAAAAGCAGGAUAACAUCCAAUUCUACACCGAGGUGGGCGAACUGACCACGGAUUUGGGCAAAAGUCACGGUCGAAUGUAUGAUCGUGACGAUUUGGAGGCGGAGCAGAGGGAGAGAGAGAUGCGAGAGCAAAUUAAAACCGCCUUCAAGACUUUUGUGGAGCGAGUGGAAAACCUGGCCAGGCGCUAUAAUCUGGAGUUCGAAGUGCCCUUUCGUGAUCUCGGCUUCUACGGUUGCCCACUAAGAACUACUGUCUUCAUGAUGCCAACGAGUAGCUGUCUGGUUAGCCUCAGCGAAUGGCCGCCCUUUGUAAUCACUUUGGAGGAGGUGGAACUGGUGAUGUUUGAACGUGUCUCCCUCUCUAUCAAGACCUUUGACAUGAUAUUUGUAUUCAAGGAUUACCGUAUCAAGCCCGCCAUGAUCACCUCGAUCCCCAGCAACUCACUGGAUCAUGUGAAGGAAUGGAUUCUGUGA